GAAAGAACAACAAAAGAAAAACAAGAUGGCAAAGCAGUUUGUUGCAGUGUUUCUCAUGUGCAUGGUUGUCGUUGCCGCAGUGCACAUUCACAAGGCUGAAGCCACCACCGCGCAGCAGUUCAGUGACUGCUAUAACAGCUGUUACAAUGGGUGCUAUCAGGAUGGAAAGGGCAUCGGCUCCACCUUCUGCGAGAUGAAGUGUGAUGCUGAUUGUGUCGCCAAAGAAACCAAAGCCAAACUGUUGGGCGAGUAGGCUUUGAUGAAGGACCAAAGGAAAAGGGUGGGUUCAUGUUCGUCUCCAAUAAACUAGAGCAGUGAGAGCAAUAAAGUGGUGUAAAGAAAAUUUUUUUCUUCUUUGAAGUUUUAUUUUUCUUUCCACAACCAUGUACGCUUAAUGAUUGAAAUAAAAAUCUCAAGCUCUUUUUAUA